GAAAGCUUUCAAUAUGAAGCCGAUUUUUUUUCUUAUUCUGUUUUCAGCUCCCCUUAUCUUUGCUGAAAAUUCCACGGAGCCUACCGUACUCACUACCGGUUACAGUAGUAUGUGCCAGUCUUGCAUCGACUUUUUGGAGCAUUUACCCGGAUUUUUGGACAAAUAUUCACCAGAUCUUGGAAUUGAUGCGGACACCCUCUGAACGUCGCUAACAGCUCACAUGCCAUCCAUCGGAGACCCAUGCUUCAAACUUUUCGCAGAAUAUUGGCCGACCAACAAAAACGCGACAACUGUUCAAAUUUGCUCGUUUAUCCAUUUUUGUUGAGAAAAUUAUGUUUUUUUAAUAAAAGGGUGCAGGGAAUAAAUGUCUUUGUUAAAA